UGGGCAGAGAAUCACAGCUGGCCCCAUUCCAUUGGGACAGUUACUGCGCCCAGCCAGAGAGCUGGCGUCUUGGAAGAAGUUGGCUGUGGAGUCAAGAUAGACGGGUUGGCAUGGAGAGCUUGUCAUCUGAGAAACUAUCUGGUCAUCCUCACCAGGAGGAGGCUGCUGGCUUCUGGAAGCUCACAGUGAAGAUCCUGGAGGCUCGGAGUCUGCCUAGGGCUGACCUGUUGAGUAAGGCAGAUCCAUAUGUGACUCUACUGCUGCCAACAGCUCCUGGAAUGAAAUUCAAGACCAAAACUGUCACCAACUCCAGUCACCCUGUAUGGAAUGAGACCUUCAACUUCCUCAUCCAGAGUCAGGUCAAGAACAUUCUAGAACUGACUGUCUAUGAUGAAGACCUAAUUGUGAAAGAUGACAUCUGCUUCAAAGUUUCCUAUGAUGUCUCAGAAAUCUUCCCUGGCCAACUGCUCCAGAAAACCUUCCGCCUGAAUCCUCAGGGACCAGAAGAGUUAGAUGUAGAGUUCCUGAUGGAAAAAAUGUUGGAUCCUCCAGAAAACCUCAUCACCAACAAUGUUCUUGUGGCCCGAGAACUGUCACGCCUGGAUGUCUGUCUGGACAGAGAUGAGAGCACCACCAUGGCAGCAGGUCAGGAAAAACUAGAGCUGGAGCUUGUGCUGAAAGGGUCAUAUGAAGACACACAGACAUUUGCCCUGGACACAGCCUCUACCUUCAGCUUCCACUACUUGAGGGGCCAAGACACAGAGCUGAGUGGGUGCCUGAGGAGCUCCAGAAACAAUGGCUGGAACUCAAAUACCUCAGCUAUACUCCUCAAUGUACCCCUGAAGUCCUUGACCACAGGGAAGGAGGUGACUGUAGACAUUCCUGCUACAAAUGUCCCAGAAGUGAAGCUGCAGCUUAGGACAGACUGCUGCCCCAAGGAACUGGCUGUGCGGCUGGGCUGUGGGCUCUGCCCAGAGGAGCAGGCCUUCCUGAGCAGGAGGAAGCGGGUGGUGGCCGCCGCCUUGAAGCAGGCCCUGCGAUUGGAUGAAGACUUGAAGGAAGAUGAGGUUCCUGUUGUGGGCAUCAUGGCUGAGGGAGGAGGUGUCCGGGCUAUGGUAUCACUCUAUGGCCACCUAUUAGCGCUUCAGAAGUUGGGACUCCUGGACUGUGUGACUUAUUUCAGUGGCAUCUCAGGCUCUACAUGGACAAUGGCCCACCUGUACCAGGAUCCAGAAUGGUCACAGAAGGACCUGGACGGACCCAUCAGCCAUGCCAGGGAACAUGUGGCUAAGAGCCUGUGGAGGGAAUUCUCCCCUGAAAACUUGGCAAGCUACCACCAGGCACUGAAGCUUCGGGCAGAACAGGGCCACACCACCACCACAGCAGACCUGUGGGGCCUGGUGUUGGAAUCCAAGCUGCAUGGGCAGGUGACAGCCCAGAAACUGUCAGGACAGAGAGCUGCACUGGAGCGGGGUCAGAACCCUCUGCCCCUCUACUUGAGCCUCAAUGUCAAAGAGAACAAUCUGGAUACCCUGCACUUCAAGGAAUGGGUGGAGUUCUCUCCCUACGAAGUUGGGUUCCUGAAAUAUGGAGGCUUUGUCCCUCCUGAGCUCUUUGGCUCUGAGUUCUUCAUGGGAAGGCUGAUGAAGAGGCUCCCUGAGUCCCAGAUCUGCUUUCUGGAAGGUAUCUGGAGCAACAUUUUCUCCGUGAACUUGAUGGAUAUCUGGUAUGAUGUCACCUCUGGGAAAGACUGGAAGAAUGCCAUUGUGGAUGUCCAGAACUCAGAGGAGUCCUCUGCCUCAGCAGGAACCUCCUCCUGUGUGGAGGCCUCAUGGCUGCAACCUGGAACAGCGCUGGCCCAGGCAUUUAAAGGCUUUCUGAGUGGCCGGCCAUUCCACCAAUGCAGUGCCAACUUCCUCCAUGGCCUCCAGCUGCACCGGGACUACCGUGACCAGAAAGACUUCUCCACCUGGGCAGAUUGCCACCUGGAUAACUCCCCCAAUCAGCUGACCCCACAGGACACUCGGCUCUGCCUAGUGGACGCUGCCUACUUCAUCAACAACAGCUGUCCCUCCAUGCUCCGCCCCGGUCGCCAAGUGGAUCUCAUACUCUCCUUCAGCUACUCCCAAUUCUCGCCCUUUGAGGGGCUGCAGCAAUCUGAGGCAUACUGCAGAGCUCAGGGCCUGCCCUUCCCCCACGUGGAGCCCAGCCCCGAGGACCAACGCCAGCCCCAGGAAUGCCACUUUUUCUCAGACCCCACCUGCCCUGAGGCACCUGCUCUGCUGCACUUCCCACUGGUCAACGGCUCCUUCAGGGACUACUCAGCCCCCGGUGUCCGGCGCAGUCCCUCUGAGCUCAAGGCUGGGCAGGUGGAUCUCACAGGGGAAACCUCCCCUUACAUCCUGUACAACAUGACUUACAAAGAGGAAGAUUUUGACCAUCUGCUUCAGCUCAGUGACUACAACAUUCGGAACAGCCAGGACACUAUCCUGCAGGCCUUGAAGACUGUUCUGAAACACAGGGCCCCAGAGGCGAAGCCAUCAGGGAUGCAGACCUGAGGUUACUUAGGGGCCUAUAAGGCUCUGAGGGCCACACUCUGACCCUCCAUCUUCCAAGGACUUAAGUUAGACUGCAGAUGGGCAUAGUCACAGUGGCCCUGGCUGGCCUCCCAGUUCUCCAAACCCUGGGCUUCCUCUGCAGCUAGCUUCCCCGUCCAGAGGGCUUACCCCACCCACCGGUCUGCCCCGUGUUUCCAGUUGCUUUGAGAGGAGUUGAAAGCCUCCCCUGGCCAGUACAUAUGACCACUGACUCAUAAGCAACUACUUUCUUUCUGAGCAGAAUGGAUUUGGGGUGGCCUAAGGCAACUGAUGCCACAGUACUGUCUCUCGCCUGUCAAUACACAAGGCUUUUUGUUUCCUUUUCUAAGGACAGGAGUUUUUAAAAUCUCCCUAUUUCAUGAUCUCACCAUGUCUCAGUACACACGUCUUAGGGUUAAAUUUAUUCUUCAGUACUCUGUUCUUUUUGAUGAUAUUAUAAAUGGAAUUGUUUUCUCAGUACCAUUUUCAGACUGCUCCUUGCUUAUGGAAAUUUAAUUAGUUUUUAUAGUUUGAACUCAUAUUAUAUAAUCUUAAAACUUCCUGUCUUAAAUACUUUUGGUGGAUUCCUCAGAGAAUUCAAUUAUGGACCUGUUGUAAAAUAUUAGUUGAAGAUGUGUUGCAUUUGUUUAUGCUGUGGAACAUUUAUUAAAUGAUGCAAAGAUGUGUUGCAUUCUUUUUUUUUUCUGA